AUGCAGCAAAAGAAAAAUUCAAUUUUAAAGCCAAGAGCAUCAAACAAUCAUCUCUCAGUAAACUAGAAUGGCAAUACUAAUGUAGGUCCUAAACAAACUAGAUCAAGUGUCCAGGUCUAGUCUAAAAAGGACCCAACAAAUUAAAAUCAUGAAGUCAAGUACGAGGAAUUGCUGGAUCAAAUAUCUCAUAGAUCAAUUCAUAACUAAUAGAAACUCACAAGUAGAGCUAAAAAAUCUAAAUUUUCUAAAAAAAGAAAGCAAACUGAUUAAAACUCUGACGUUUCCAAACUCAAAUUAGAACAAGAUUAGGACAUAUCCUAGCAGGAUUAAAGCAAUUAAGAAAAGAUAGAAGCUGAUUAAAAGGAAGAGUAGGAGAAAGAGAUUGAAGAGGAAAAGAAGAAAAUUGAUGAAAUAUUUGAAGAGGAAAGUUUUGGAGAAGAAGAAUAGGAUGCUGAGUUAUUUGAACAUAAUACUGGAUUAGACAUUAGAGUAUCAAAUGAAUUGUUCAAUAAGAUCAAGUUGGCUGAGUAUGCAUCUGUAUUCUUUUCAACGUACGGAGUAUUUUUGUCAAUCUUAUUGUACGAGAUGAAAGAUUAAGAAAAUAUUGAGGAAUACUAGAAUAUGAUUCUCGCCUAUAACUGUAUGUGCACCUCUGGAUUGAUAUUUUCAAUUUACUCUAGACAUGAUAUCAUGCUAAAGUGGUAAAUAUCUAGAGGACUACUUACAGAGUUUGACACUAUUUCAAAUACUGGUUGGUGGAAAGGAAUGAUUUAUGAGAUGGUAAUCAAUAGUGUAGCACCCUAUCCAUUUCUUUACAGAGUAAAGUAUGAUGAAUACAUUGAUAAUGGUUCUUUUAAGACAACUGUAACAUAUGAUGUCAAUGACUUGCUUUUAUUCUUCUGCUUUAUAAGAGUUUACCAUGUUAUUAGAUAUUCGUUAGUAAUGACUUAAUUUAUGAAUCCUAGAUCAUAGAGAGUUUGCUCUAUGAAUGGAUGUGAAGCUAAUGCAAUGUUUGCUAUUAAAUCAAUCAUGAAACAAAAGCCAUAUACUAUACUCUGGACAAGUAUGGUUGUUUCUACACUUAUUUUUGGAUAUUAACUAAGAAUAUUUGAAGGUCCAGUAUCUGAGGCAUCAGGCUAAAAUUUUAAAAGUAUGAUUAACUCAAUGUGGAAUGUACUAAUUACUUUAACUACUGUUGGGUAUGGAGAUAUAUACCCUAAGAGUUUAAUGGGGAGAGUAGUAGGAGUCAUAGUUUGCUUUUGGGGUGUUUUUAUAGUUUCCUUCUUUGUGGUUACAUUGAAUAAUAUGCUAACUUUCUCUCCUAACGAGGAGAAAUCAUAUAAUUUGCUAUUAAGAUUAUACUAUAAAGAGCAACUAAAGUUAAAAGCAACUUAGGUCCUUUCAAGUGCUUUCAAGCAAAAGAAUGUUAAAUUCAAAGAACCAGAUAACCGAAAGAAGAUUCUCAGUAGUAUUAGAAAUUUUAGAAAAUAUAUGAUUGAUUUUCAACAAACUGCAAGAACAGUAAGAAGCUUUUAUGAAGCAGAUACCGAUGUAGAAAUAAUGCAGAAACUUAUUGAAAAUUUAAUGGAUGAUGUUACCAGUCUAAGAGAUUAAUAAGAUUAGAUGAAUGAGAGUUUAUCUAAAAUUGAAAAGUUUAUAACAUAAGAGAAUACAUGA